AUGCAGUUUCCAUCAUUGAUACAAUCAUUCUUAGUAUUAAAUGGGCUUUUAGCAGUUUCAUACCUUAAUUUAGGUACUGUUAAUGCUUUACCUAUACCCAUGGCUUUAUAUAAUAACUAUGCUUAUCCUGCUAUGACUUCAAAUGAGAAUCUUGUUUACUAUUUAGAUGCAUGUAAAUCCAAUGGUACAAAUCCAGAACAAUUAAGAUCAAAAAUUGGUGAUGAUGGAGUUUUCUAUUCUGAUCCAAAUUCAACAUUAUGUUUGUAUAAAAAACCAACAAGAACGAAUUGGAGGGAUGAUAGUACAAAAGCACAGGGAUCAAUAAGUGUGAAUCAAGAUGAUGAUGAUGAUGAGUCUUCAUCACCAGAAGAUCAUGAGGGAUUGAUGAUUUGGGUUUGGUGUGCAAUACUUUUGGGAUUUUUUACAAUUACCUUUAUAGUUAUUUUUGAAGAUCUUCCUGAUCAAAUAAAGAAUUUUCAAAGAGUGGUAUCAAUGAUUAAAAGAGAUGGUGAGGUUAGAGAACAAUCUAAAGCUAGAAUAUAUCUGAGAACUAUCUUUGGUGUACCUUGUCAUUUGGGAUAUCUUGCAUGGAAACAAAUUGUAAAAUUAUGGGGGAGAAUAUUUCAUCCAGUACAACAAGAUCAAACAACUGAUAUUGAAUUAGUUGAAAAUGAAAAAGGUGAAAUAGUAGUUACAAGAACACAAAUAAAUAACUAUAAAUUUUUGGUAGAAGAGUUGGUGAAAACUGCUCAGUUAUUCAUGAUACCCACAAAAGAUCAAUAUACUUUUCAAUCUCAUAAAGAUUUGAUUCAAAGUGAAAAUAAAUUAUUGAAAGGUCAAGCUUCAUGUCCAAUUUGUAUUGAAGAGUAUAAAGAUUCAGAUUUUUUGAUUAUUUUACCAUGUGAACAUACUUUCCAUUAUAUCUGUAUGGAUGAGAUGAGGAAAUCAAAUAUUGAAACUUUGAAUAGUCCAAGAUCUCGAACAGUACCUAGUGAUAAAUUAUUGUUGAGAUGUCCAACAUGUAAAUUAAAUCUUAUUAGAUUUCACCAGUAUUUAGUUAAGCAUAAAUUGGACCCGGCAAAUGUGAAGUUUGAUAAUAAGAAUUGA